AUGCCAUUCGGAAUCCUCGACUGCAAGAAACUGGAAAACGUGCCUGGCACGUCUUUCAUGAGCGAUCAGGAUGACCUACCGCCAGAGUACGCCGAGAUACCCCGAGAUAUGUUGAAGCAUGGAAAGGGCAGGUUUUCAAACAUCAUCUUGAUCCCUCAGCCAUCCGACUCGCCUAAUGAUCCUCUGAAUUGGCCACAAUGGAAGAAGGAAAUGAUUCUCCUAAUUGUUUCACUCUCCGCCGCCGUUGUGGGAGCCUUUGGCCCCAUGUUGAGUCCAGGGUUCGUUGAGAUCUCGGCUCAACUGCACAUCACCGUCGAGAUCUUGUCCCAGGCCACCGCAUGGCUGAUUCUCACCAUCGGACUCGGCUUAUUCUUGACCAAUCCCUUGGCCAAAAUAUACGGAAAGAGGCCGAUCUAUAUCCUUGCGAGCUGCAUCAUGUUCGCUUGCUCAGUCUGGGGUGCCAAGGCGGACAAUUACAAUAGCUUUCUGGCGUCAAGGGUCAUAAGUGGCGUCGGCAUGGCUCCGUAUGAGGUCCUGGUCCAGUGUACCAUUGGUGACCUCUACUUCGUUCACGAAAGGGCCACUCGAAUUGCGGUCUGGAACUUGUUCCUCCUAACAGGGAUUUCAGGCGGAGCCCUUGUGGCUGGCUACAUUAUUGAGUAUGACGGCUAUCAAUGGACGUUCGGAGUAUGCGCCAUCAUGUUCGGCGUGCUCCUGUUCGCUGUAUUCUUCUUCGUCCCCGAAACCACGUAUCGUCGGGACGCAGUCGUGGUUGUUCCGGUCACAGAUCCAGUCGACACUGAUCCCGAGAAGCCGGGUGCACAGCAUGUCCACAUGAAGUUGGGACAUGAACAUGAUGUGUCCCAAGCUCAUGGAGAGAAGGACAAACAUCUGUCCUACACAGUCACCCGUGGAUCCGCCGAACCCAAGAUGUCAUACCGGCAGUCACUCAAGAUCUUCACUGGACGAUACAGCUAUGCUCCCAUAUAUAAGAUCUUUACCCGCCCUGUGCUGCUUUUCUUUUAUCCGGCGGUGUUCUGGGGAUUCCUCAUGUAUGGCACCACCUUGACUUGGAUUGUGGUCUUCUCUGUGGUCAACGGGGUGAUAUUUGUGGCUCCGCCCUACAACUUUUCCGUGUCGCAAGUUGGGCUGAUCAGCUUGUCGCCUUUUAUUCUGACGUUGCUCGGAGAGGUCAUUUCUGGGCCCCUCAACGACGCAAUUUGUCUCUACUUGACGAAGAAGAACAAGGGGAUAUACGAACCCGAAUUCCGUCUGGUGCUCAUCAUUGUUGUCAUCAUCCUCGGCACCGUGGGAUUCUUUGGAUUCGGGGCCACUGUCCAUUACGAGACGCAUUGGUUGGGCCCAGUGUUGACAUUUGGGUUUGCAAACAUGAGCUUGGCCUUUGCCUCGACCUGUGUCUUUGGUUACGUGAUCGACUCUUACCCCAAGUUGAACGAGGAAGCGUUUGUGGCCAUCAACGCCCGAAAUCUUCUCACGUUUGGCCUGACGUACUUCGUCAACAACUGGCUGGCUCAAGACGGCCCCUUGCAAGUCUUCUGCAUCUUGGGAGCCCUCUUUCUGUUCGUCUGUUUCUUAACGAUCCCUCUCUGGAUAUUCGGCAAAAGAAUCCGAUCCCGGAUUGGCAGGACUGCGUGGCUCCAGCGAUAUAUGAACGACGACUUUUAG